CACAUUUUCCAUGAAACCUUGAACAAACACCUUCUAUAUCUACAGACACGUUUUAUAGAUAAAUGAGUUAUGAUUCUUGAUAACUAUAAACUUGUAUAUUUACUUUCGCUUUGUAAACAGGAAGGUGCGCUGUCAUGCAUUUUGUCCAGUCAUCCACUUAAACCCUUAGAUUCAAUAAACUGAGUCUAAGCACACAGUGGUGCGCUAAGGUUGUUUAGGUUAAAUAUAUAAUGUAAAUUUCCAUUGGCUAAGACUAUGUCUACAAGUCACCAGACAAUGUGAGGUUGGUUCUGGGAGUGAAAGUACAGUCUUGAGAUCCAACGAUGGGCUUCGACGAUUCUACAACGUCAAGUGUCACUAUGAACACCCUUAGCCCAUCAGAUGAUGAUCCCGUUAAUCUCCUGGACAAUGUGUCACUGGCACUGUCAGGCUUCAGUAGCUCCCUCUCGAUCAUUGGAGCCAGUAUUAUAUUUUUGACGUACAAUGUUGAGGUUCGUAACGCACGAAUCAGGCAGACACGUCGCCUUCUGAUGUUUCUGACAGUCGCAGACAUCAUGACUGCGUGUGGCAUCUUGACCGGCACUAUUAGGUACGCCGUUAUACAUCAGCAACACGACGUUAUAACGAUAAAGGAACACGAAUAUUUAUGUACACAUCCGGAUGAAAUAUGCAUAGCUCAAAGUAUGAUCACCACAUUCUCUGGAAUGGCCUCUUUCUGCUGGACACUGGUCAUAGGCAUUCACCUUAUCGUUAGUCUUCGACCUUCUUCUGCAGUGUCGGAUCCUGAAAGGCCAUGGAGUGAAAUCAAGGCUCACGUGAUAUGUUGGGGUCUGCCAGGUGUGAUAACUAUGACUGCACUUGGAUACGAUAUGUUAGGGGAAAACUUCAGUAUCGGGACCGGCCCCUGGUGUUGGAUCAAGGUGUGUCUGAAAGAAAGAAAAGUGUCGACAAUGUAUAUAUGGAUGGCUGUGACCGGCAAGGGAUGGGAUAUUAUUACUUACGUCGUCAGCAUGGUCUUUUUUAUUCUUCUUGUCUUCUAUCUUCGCAGAAGGGGCUUUUCCAUAUCGGACUUGCCACGGAGAACAGAGCACCGUCUGAGGCAGGCGGACGCUAACUUCGUCUUUCUUUGGCUGCUAACAUACGUACUAAAGGUAUGGGGAACUGCCAGAUUCUUUAUGAGUAUGACAGAAUACAAGACUUAUCGAAAGGAUGUACCUACCUUUGAUAGUAUGGAAAAGUUCUUGUUAUAUAUGCAGAGUUUCUGUGACGGCUUGCAGGCUUUCUGUAACUGUAUACUAUUCGUGUUUCUAGAUAGAACCAUGAUAAAUGGAAUGAUCAACCACUUCAGGUGUACCCUAGCACGACGUCAACCACUUCUACAGGAUAGCCAAUCCCGUUAUGGGUCGACAAAUUGUUAACAAAUUAACAGUGUCCCGAAUUAACGGUAGAACGUACUACAGAAUGUGAGGAAGUGAUGACGACAAACCAUGUUAUUGCAAUACUAUGAGAAAGUGUUGUGGAACAUACCAUGUUGUAUAUAUACCAGGUAGAAAUGUCGUAACAAUUGACAGUGGAACAGUCCAUACUGUAAAUUUACCAGGUAGUAAUGUCAUGACAAUUGACAAUGAAACAGUCAAUGCAGUACAUGUACCAGGUAGAAAUGUCGUAACAAUUGACAGUGGAAUAGUCCAUGCUGUAAAUUUACCAGGUAGAAAUGUCGUAACAAUUGACAGUGGAACAGUCAAUGCAGAACAUAUACCAGGUAGAAAUGUCGUAACAAUUGACAGUGGAACAGUCCAUGUUGUAAAUAUACCAGGUCGAAAUGACGUCACAACAGACAGUUGAACUGCAUAUUUUAUUCAUAAAUUGCCUUCUUCAUGGAGCGAUUACACGUAACUGAUUCUAAUAACAAAGUGUGGUAUAAAAUCUACCGUCAAUAUUUUAUACAAAAUACGACUGCUUAACAUAUCUGAAUUGGAACAGUCAUGACUAGAAAGCAUGUCAUAAUUGUUUGACAGAUUAUUUAAUGUUGAAUGAUGAUAUUACAAAAACUUGUUUUAGCUUAGCUGUUUACAUUUUUAUACGCUUAGUUUACGUUUUUCUUCCAUGGAAAAGAACCAUGAUUUUAAGCCUUUACGAGAUAAAUCAAGUUUAAACGUUGAUCGAGAACAAAGCGUUUUUUUCCCUUUUAAAUAAUAAUAAUAAUAAUGAUAAUAAUAAUAUACAACAUAUAUA